AUGGCAGAUAUGAGUGCUUGGGAAGUCCUUGGUGUUCCCAAAGAAGUUCAGAGAGGACUCAGUGAACAAAGUUUUACUACACCAACCCCUAUACAGACUCUCUCCCUUCCACCUGCAAUAUUCCACCACAGGGACAUCAUUGGUGCAGCAGAAACAGUGAGUUCAAUCAGAGCAGUUAGAUUGGUGGAGGUCUCUUUUUUUAUGUGCAUUGUUUGUUUACUUUUUUUAAUACUAUUUUGAAGAAUCCUUUUUUUUUUUGGAGGGGGAGAGAGAGAGAGAGUAGAAAAAAAAUACUUUUUCAAAAUGUACAUGUAUUUCCUAUGAUGUACACCUAGCUCAUUUACGUGUAAGAAGACUUUCCCACACAUUAUAGCAAACAGUUUCUGUUACUUUAGAGCUGGUCUUUGACCUGAAUUAAUGUCUAAAGUAGGUACUAGAUGAGUUUUGAAUAAUUAUAAAUAUGACUUUUGUGAAAGCACUUUUGAGGAGAGCUGUCGAGCUGAAAUUAUGUGUAUAGUGUACCUCUUGAGAGAGAGCUCUGACUGACUGAUUAACUGAAGGUUAAAUUUUGCUAGAUCUUAAGAACUAACUUGGUAGUUCUUCCCUCUAUAUGUAGGUGUAAUCUAUCUUCCUAUAGUUGGUUGAUGGAACAUUAUUUAUACAAAAAUGUGCAUUACAGUAAGAUUAUCAAGAUAAGUCCCUUCAGCUUGCAAGUUUUGUAGUUCUCAUAUCAUUUGUUGGAUAAUGCCUUGAAAUUGUCUGUUGAAGUUAUGAUAAAAUCACUUGGGAGAAGCAUAGAUUUCAGGAAUGGCUGGUUUUUGAGGAGGUUAUUAUUUAAGGUUAUUAAUUUAAAAAAUUGUGUGUAUUUACUAGGGUUCAGGUAAAACACUAGCCUUUGGGAUUCCAAUUCUCACCCACAUGCUUGGCCACAAGUCCAGUCAAGAGCAGGUGGUGAAACUACAGAAAAUACUACCAAAAAUAAUGCUACAGAAGCCACAGAAACUGGUAAUGGAACAUCCAAGCUCAAGAAACCCCUCCUGGCAUUGA